GGAUAGCUGCAUUUAUUUUCUUUCAGCCACAGAUGGUUUCAGAGGCUGAGAGGCUGCAGUGGAGACAGUCGGGGAUGAAGCCGCAGCUUUUGGGAAAAAGUUGCAUUUAUUGCAUGCAUAGCCUGGCCACGAGACAUAAGCUCUCAAGAUGUUAAUGCACACGGUUAUGUUUGCCGUUUUGGUUCUGAGCAUCAGACCUGCAGACGGUUUCCCCAAUUACAAAGAUGACUACAUGGACGAGGACCUGGCCACCUUUGACUAUUACAAAGGCACGGAUGAGUUUGACGAGGGGAACAGAACCCAGGAGUGUGAGGAGUGUGUGUCGGAGCUGUGCCCGCUGCCGCUGGGCUGUAGAGCGGGGCUGGUGCGGGACAGCUGCGGCUGCUGUUCUCAGUGCGCCAACCUGGAGGGACAGACCUGUGACCUCGGCCAGAGAAACGUCUAUUACGGACUGUGCGGAGAGAACCUGGAGUGCAAACUGGACCGGUCGGAUGGAGCGGACGCAGAGGAGCCAGAAGCUCAGUGUGUGUGUUUGUCCCAGAAACCUCUGUGUGGCUCAGACGGACAGACUUACAUGAACAUCUGCAAAUAUAAAGAAGCGGCUUAUUCUAAUCCUGGACUCAAUGUGAGCGACGGGCCGUGCAGGACAGUCCCCAUUAUCAAGGUGCCACCGCAUAAUCUGGUAAAUGUAACAGGCAGCAGUAUAGCAUUUCUCUGUGAAGUGUUUGCAUUUCCCAUGGCACUAGUGGAAUGGAGGAAAGAUGGAAAAGAGGUCAUUUUACCUGGUGAUGAUCCCCACAUAUCUGUUCAGUCACGAGGUGGCCCUCAGAAAUAUGAACUUUCCAGUUGGCUGCAGAUCGAAGAGGCCAGUCAGAUGGAUUCUGGCACAUACAGGUGCAUCGCUCGAAAUGAGCUUGGCCUCGUCUCAGCCACAGCAAUUUUAGGAGUCCUCCCACCAGAUGAGAUGUCUACCUAUUUGGAACAAAACUUGAAUGAAAUGAUGAGCUAUGACCGAAUGCAGGACUAUGACAGGGAUUAUUACUAGACUUCAGAUCCCGACACCCUCAAGAAGAAAAACAAUCUCUAUUUUACUUUUAGCCAUUCAGUUUGAGACAUGGGAAGAAGACACUCAAGCAAUGACUGUUAAAAAAAAAUAGUAAGCCUGUAAAAAAAAACAUCGCCCUCUAGAGCUUUUUCGACAUCUGGAUAAUCAAACAUGGAGACGUAGAGGAAGAAUCUUAAAUAAAUUCCCAAUGGCACAGGCCUCUGAAAUGGAUGAAAAACACACAAUGAGAGAGUGGAGUAGUUUGGAAGCUGCUAGAAGCUCUGAAAUUCAGUACAGAGUGUAGCUACUGGAGCUGAAUGUCUCUUUUGUUUCUGUGGAAUUUGAAUGUGAGCUGCACGAUCAUGAAAAAUACAUAUUUGUUUUUUGAUAUUUUCGUAUUAUAAUCGCAGUUCUAAACCUUACUUUUUAUGUGUUAUACAGUAAAUAUACCAUUUUAAAUAUACUGAAAUGGAAUGCUAUAAUUGUCCCUUUCACAUACAUUUAAUUGCAGAAGCUGUAAUUGUAUUGAUAAAAAAGUAUAACAUUUAUACAAAAUCUCAAUAAAACAAUUCUAGUUGA